AUGGCAACGCGUUGUCGGUCCACCAAGAGCCUGCACCUGUGCCUCUGCCUGGCCGCGUUCAUGCUGAUUUUGAGCUUGCAGUUGAGCGUGUGUGGGGCACAGUCGCUGCCUCGCAUGAGCCGCCGACCCAUUCCGAAGACAAAUGUGGAAGAGUCGAGCGAGCGAAGUGUUGUGCCCGACCAACUGGCCCAGGCCGCAGGUCGUGCUGAUGGGCAUGGACGCAACUAUCCGAGACGUGGCGCUCCGAUGCAAACAAGGGCCAAGGAGCCAAGCACAGAUUUUAACUAUGGUCAGCUAGAGCUGAAUCUGGUACGGCCCGAGCAUGAGACUUCUUCAUUGCCGCCACAGGGCAAACUCAAUGCUUACUAUGGCAGUGGCCUGAGCACAACAGUCCAGUCGGUUGGAGCUGGCGCUGCUGAAUUGAGGCAUGAGAAGACGGACAUACUGGAGGACUCGGAGACGGCAGCCGAGUACGUGGCUAAUGCCAUGAAAAUGGCCUAUGGCUCAAGGCACAAGGAGCAGCAGACGCCACUGCGCAUUGUGGCCAACACACAGCGGCCCUAUAGUCCCAGCUCCAGCUCGAGUUUUAGUUCCAGCUCCGAACCCUCUCCAGCUGCACCAGCACCCGUCUAUGAGAAAGAGUCGGUGCCACGCAACUAUGAGCUAUACGAGACAGCCAACCAGGCUGAGCCCGUUGCUGGCGGCGACAUCGAAAGACUCUAUCGCACAAAGUACUAUAGCUAUCCAGCACCACAGCCGCAACCACAGGUGUAUCGCCACCUGGAGGACGAAGCGGAGGAGAAGGUGCGCGUCUCAGCGUCCACAGAAAUACCCAAGGCCGAAAUCAUGAAACAAAUUGAGAAGUCUGUCAUCAAGUACAUGAAGGAGCUGGAAGCCGAAGGCAAGAUCAUAACCACACCGCAGGAGCUAGCACCGCCAGCCACCAAGACCUACUACAAGCUGCUAUCGCUGCCCAGCUCCAGCGGCUCAAGCAGCUCAAUUGGUAGCGAGGAGAAACGCUACAGCAGCAGCACGGUGCGUCCCAAGUACAGCAGCCCGCCAUCCACUGGUCAGGGUCGUCAGCCGGCGCAGCAGCAUGGACAAUACCAUGGCCAGCAUCAUCAGCUGGGCAAGCAAAGCUCCCAUGGGCUGACCAAGCCACAGCGCUAUCAAUCUGAGACGGAAACUGCCUACCAGGCGCCAGAUAUCGGCACCGACUCACUGGCUCCGAAUGUGGAGUUCAUCUACAAGAUCAAGACGCGAGCGCCACUGCAAACAGCCACCGUGAAGACCGUAUCAAAGCCCUAUACCCUGCCGCUGAAGAGCAGUGCGGAGCACUUUGAUCAUGGGGCUGCACUUAAGAACAUCGAAGAGUUCGACUUGUCGCAUGUGGUCACAACGCCAGAGCGCGAGCUGGAGGAACAGCGCGUCACAAGCAAGCCGCAAAAGCUAUAUUUCAACUCGGAGAUCUAUCACGAUAUCAACUCGUUGCCCUACAAGGGAGAGAAGCUGCGUGGCAGCAGCAGCAGCGGCAACAGCGCCAGCAACAUCCACGCCAUUCAGGCUCAAGAGUAUCGGCACAAGCACAAAGCAGCCGCCGAUCUGCAUUCCGACUACAAGGGCUACUCCGGCUACUUUGCGGAGCCGGCUUCCAGCAGCAUGGAGCUGGCCGAGAAGAACCGAGAACUGCCCAGUGGCAUUGGCAAUGAUGGCAGCGAGGAAGGCUUUCCGCUGCCCUAUCAGUAUGUGCUGAAGAAGGAGCCACUGUCCGCCAAGUACGAGGAGGAGCGUGAGAGCUGGGAGCAGUCGAUGCGCCUAGCCCAUGGCAAGCCCGCCACCAAUGGCGGCUACAAGGCCAGCAGCAGCAGUUCGAGCAGUCUGGAGUACGAUAGCUACAGUCCCAAGUUCAACAACAAUCCCGAGGGCUACGGCUAUCAGCACACAUACAAGACGCAGCUGCUCCGAGGCACUGGCUCAGUCAGCUCUGGCAACAGUGCCGUUGGCAAGCGCGGCAAGCGAGGCGGUGCUCCGCAUCCAGGCGCUGGCGGUGUGCCGGGCAAGAAGCUGCUGCGUAGCAAUGCCGGCACCUCGGGCCUCGGCGGCACAGUCGGCGUGGGCGGCAAGCUGGUCAAGGAUCUGGAGGCCAAUCUAGCGCUGCGACCGCCACCCAAGAUAUAG